AUUAUAGUGUAUUUUAUUAGGGUUUCGCUUGUCUUGCUUAGCACUCAUUAAAAUAUAUCGGCUAAGUCAGUAUUCCACGUGCUCCUGGGGACUCUCCCCUCGUCAGUCCCCCCCCCCCUCAAAACGCUUGAAUGCACUUGGUAUUUUUAUCACAAAUUGGAAUUUACACUGCCUGAAUCUGACCGUAUGUUCCCUUCCUCCUGUUUCCAUCUCUCUUCACAUCUCUCUCAAAAACACCAAAAGCUGAGUCAAGAGCUCCUCGACCGAGAAAGACCACGACAUCAACAAAAGAUUUAUAUUCUAUCCAGGAAUCAUAAAGAUUUUGGCUGUGUUACUGCAGUAUUAUCGUAGAUUUCCAUGAUGGAUAUGAAAGGAGUUGGCGUUGGAGGAGGUAGAGUCGGUGUAGGUGAAGAAGACGUGGGGGAUGGCAUGCAAUGCAGUGACCAUCCUUACAGAAACAACCCAGGUGGUAUCUGUGCCUUUUGUCUUCAAGAAAAGCUUGGCAAGCUUCUCUCUUCUUCGUUUCCUUUACCUCUACGUGGCUCUUCCUCUUCCUCUUCUUCCCCUUCUUUUAGAUCUGAUAUUGGUGUUGGUGGCUCUAGCAAUGGUGGUGCAGGUACUUCACGAUCACUUGCGGCGCGUCCCACAGCAACAAAAUGUAGAAACGAUGGUGGAAAUAAUAGUCACUAUCAAGAAUAUUACGCAAGGAGGGUCAGGAUCCCUUUUCUUUUGGCUAAAAAGAAGAAGAAAAUCAUGGUAGCAUCGUCAUCAUCAGAUCGUGAUAUUAUUUUCAAGAGAAGCAAAUCUACUACAACUCCUAUGAGAGGCCAUUUCUUGGAUGCUGCUACUGAUGAUGGUGAGGAUUUUAGCCCAAGAAGGAGAGGGUUUUGGUCAUUUCUUUAUCUCUCGUCUUCGAAGCCCGGCACUUCAACUAAGAAAACAGAAAAGGUGUCUUCUUUGGCUGUAACUACAAGAGCAAUAACCACCACCUCCACAAAUGGAUCCACGGUGAGGCCAAAGGAGAAGUGGUUGGGGUCUUCUUUGUCAAGGAAAGGUGACAGUAUUGUGGUAGUGGAGGAUGAUGAUGAUAGUCCUAACAGCCAAGCAACUGCCUCUGCUUCCAAUUUUGAGAGAAAGGUGUCGAGAUCUAGAUCUGUUGGGUGUGGGAGCAGGAGCUUCUCUGGUGACUUCUUUGAGAGAAUCUCUACUGGGUUUGGUGAUUGCACUCUAAGAAGAGUGGAGUCCCAAAGGGAAGGCAAGCCAAAGGUCACUUCUGGGGCUUCUCACAUGAAAGAGAGGGUCAGGUGUGGCGGUAUCUUCGGUGGGUUCAACAUGACCUCAUCCUCGUCUUCCUCCUCAUCAUCAUCUUACUGGGUCUCAUCAUCAGCUGAAGACAUGAAUGGGAAAUCAUCAGGAGCUGGGCCUCUUGCUCAUGGAAGAAGCAGGAGCUGGGGUUGGGCUUUUGCUAGCCCGAUGAGAGCUUUUGGCAGCAAACCCUCUUCAAAAGAUGGAAAAAGAAACGUCAAGCAGACCACUCCAAACUUGUCUGCUAUUCCUUCUUUGUUAGCUGUGAGAGGCUAAAGCAGAAGAGUUUGAGGCUGCCGGUGCUACAAUACACAAAGUACAUUCUAUUAUCAUCUUGUUCGUUUAAUCUGUGCUGUUCACCAUCUAUCCUGGUCUGAUCAGUCCUGUCACUAGUGUCAUUACACUUUAUUUUUAUUGUUAAUUUUGUUGAAAUUUAUGGUUACAUUUGGAAAUGAAUUUCCCAGUAGACAGUUGCUUGUUAAGUGCUAUAUAAUACUCUAUCAUCAUAACCUAGGUGAUUCAGUAGACUGCUUGGAGUCGGAGAAGGAGAAGCAGAAGAAAUGUUUAUGUGCAAUAUUUUUAGUUAUCUUUGUGUGUUCUCUUCCUGUGAUUUGCCAUGGUUUUGUGCUUAAUUUGGUCUUCAUGUUCACUUGUCCUGUAUUGUUUAAGCUGUAAGAUCUGAUGUAAUGCCAAAGAAAUAUGUUUUUCUA